AUGCAGGCCCUAGAGCAGCAGAUGCAAGGGGUGAGGGCCCAGCUCCAGGAGCUGGAGGAUGAGCUUCAUGCCAUCGAGGUAGCCAAGCUGUGGCUAGAGGUGAAGCUUCUGGCCUUGAAGGUGCAAGACCUAAGGGCAGAGCUGGAGGAGGAGAGGACCCUGCGCUCAAUGGCCGUGGCCGCUGGAAAGAAGCUGGAGAUGGACCUGAAGAACCUGCAGGCCCAGAUCGACUCGGCCAACAAGAACAACGACAAAGGCACUGAAGAGCUUCAGAAGCUGCAGGCCCAAAUGAAGGACUACAUGAGGAAACUGCUGGGGAUGCUAACUUCCCUCGAGGAAAUGCUGACACAGGUCAAGGAGAACCAGGAGAAUCGGAAGAGCAUGGAGGACAAGAUGAUUCAGCUGCAGGAGAUGCAAGGCAACCUUGAGAAGGCCAACCAGACCCUGGAGCAUGAGAGAGAGGAGCUGGCCAAGGAGAUGAAGGCGGAGCUGGACAGAGUGACGGGCCUUCUGAGCCAGUCUGACAGCAAGUGCAGCCAGCUCACCAAGGACGUCUCCACUGUGGAGUCCCAGCUGCAGGACACUCAGGAGCUUCUGUGUCAAGUGGACUGGCAGAAGCAGGGCCUGUGCACCAGGCUGCAGCAGGUGGAAGAGGAGAGGAGGUCCCUGAUGAAGCAGCUGGAGCAGGAGGAGGAGGCCAAGCACAACCUGGAGAAGCAGGUUGCCACCCUGCAUGCCCAGGUGACUGACAUGAAGAAGAAGAUGGAGGAUGGUGUCGGGUGUCUCGAGACUGCGGAGGAAGCCAAGAGGAAGCUCCAGAAGGACCUGGAGGGGUUGAGGCAGUGCUAUGAGGAGAAGGUGACUGCCUACAACAACCUGGAGAAGACCAAGAUGCGGCUGGAGCGGGAGCUGGACCACAAGGUCAUGGACCUUGAGGAUCAGUGCCGGAGCAUCUCCAAGCUGGAGAAGAAGCAGAAGAGGUUUGACCAGCUCCUGGCCAAGGAGAAGACCAUCUCAGCCCAGUAUGCGGAGGAGCGGGACCGGGCUAAGGCAGAAGCCUGUGAGAGGGAGACCAAGGCGCUGUCACUGGCCCGGGCCCUGGAGGAGGCCGUGGAGCAGAAGGCAGAGCUGGAGCAGCUCAACAAGCAGUUCUGCAUGGAGAUGGAGGACCUCAGGAGCUCCAAGGACGACCUGGGCAAGAGUGUCCAUGAGCUGGAGAAGUCGAAGCGGGCCCUGGAGCAACAAGUCAAAGAGAUGAAGACCCAGCUCGAGGAACUGGAGGACGAGUUUCAGGCCACUGAGGAUGCCAAACUUGGGCUGGAAGUGAACCUGCAGGCCAUGAGAGCCCAGUUCGAGAGGCACCUGCAGGGCCGGGAUGAGCAGAGUGAGGAGAAGAAGCAGCAGCUGGCCAGACAGGUGCGGGAGAUGGAGGCAGAGCUGGAGGAUGAGAGGAAGCAGCGCUCUAUGGCCGUGGCAGCUCGGAAGAAGCUGGAGAUGGACCUGAAGGACCUGGAGGCCCAGAUCGACUCUGCCAACAAGAACCGGGAUGAAGCCAUCAAACAGCUACGGAAGCUGCAGGCCCAGAGAAAGGACUACAUGCGUGAGCUGGAUAACACGCGUGCAUCCCGCGAGGCGAUCCUGGCGCAGGCCAGGGAGAACGAGAAGAAGCUGAAGAGCAUGGAGGCUGAGAUGAUUCAGCUGCAGGAGGAACUGGCAGCUGCUGAGUGUGCCAAGUGUCAGGUGCAGCAGGAACAGGAAGAGCUGGCCGAUGAGAUUGCCCACAGCAGGGGCAAAUGGGCCCUGGCAUUGGAGGAGAAGAGGCGCCUGGAGGCCCGUAUCACCCAGGUAGAGGAGGAGCUGGAGGAGGAACAGGGCAAAACGGACCUGGUGAACGACAGGCUGAAGAAGGCCAACCUUCAGAUUGACCAGAUCAAUACCGAGCUGAACCUGGAGCGCAGCCACGCGCAGAAGAAUGAGAACGCCAGGCAGCAGCUGGAGCGCCAGAACAAGGAGCUCAAGGUCAAGCUGCAGGAGAUGGAGGGCACUGUCAAGUCCAAGUACAAGGCCUCCAUCACUGCCCUGGAGGCCAAGAUCGCACAACUGGAAGAGCAGCUGGACAAGGAGACCAAGGAACGCCAGGUGGCAUGCAAGCAGGUGCUUCAGGCUGAGAAGAAGCUGAAGGACGUGUUGCUGCAGGUGGACGAUGAGCGCAGGAACGCAGAGCAGUUCAAGGACCAGGCAGACAAGGCAUCUGCCCAAAUGAAGCAGUUAAAGCGGCAGCUACAGGAGGCUGAGGAGGAGGCCCAGAGGGCCAAUGUCUCCCGUAGGAAGCUGCAGCGUGAGCUGGAGGACGCCACCCAGACUGCAGACACCAUGAACCGCGAGAUCAGCUCCCUGAAGAACAAGCUCAGGCGUGGGGACCUGCCAUUGGCUGGUGAAAGCUCAGAUGAGAUGGACAGCUGA